CAGCACUAUACAAUAAUAAGGGAUUUUUUAGCCAAUUGAAACGAAAUUUUCUUUUUUUACAAAUUUAAAAAAUAAAAACAUCAAUAAAGUGCAUUAAAAUUAUUAACUAGCGGCAACUAUGGAUCAUUUAGAUUUGUAUGAUAUUCUCGGUGUAACAAAAAACUCGACAGAUGCAGAAAUUAAAAAGAAUUAUCGUAAAUUGGCUAAAGAAUUUCAUCCCGAUAAAAAUCCCGAUGCUGGUGAUAAAUUUAAAGAGAUUUCAUUUGCCUAUGAGGUACUUUCGGAUCCGGAAAAACGUAAAAUAUACGAUCGUUUCGGCAUAAAGGGCCUACAAGAAGGAGCCGAUGGUUUUAGCGAUGCUGGAGAAUUCUUUUCGCAUUGGUUUCCUUUUAACAUGGGUCAACAACAACGAGAAAGCCGAGGAAAAGCUGCCCAAAUUGUUAUUAAAUUGGAAGUCACAUUGGAGGAAAUUUACAAUGGCAAUGUGUCCAAGACAGUGGAAUAUAAAAGAAGUACAUUUUGUCAGCAAUGUAAUGGCGAAGGCGGGCCAAAAGAAGGUCAAGAAAAAUGUAGUGACUGUAAUGGUUUGGGCCGUACUACGGGUUAUGUAUUUAUGGGCUUAACACCAGUGGAAACUAUAUGCUUGUCUUGCGAAGGUAGUGGUAAUAUUAUUCCUGAAAACCUGCGUUGUAUUUCGUGUCAAGGUAAAGGUCUAGUCGAAGAGAAUGUUAAGCGUGAUAUUAUUGUGGAGAAAGGAGCACCAAAUAUGCUAAAAAUGCCCUUCACCUCAGAGGGCAAUCAAGGCCUUCAUGGAAAUCGUGGUGAUUUAGUGGUGGUUCUUAUACAAGCCGAACAUCCAUUAUUUCAACGUCGCAACAAUGAUCUCAUAAUGCGUAACAUUCACAUCAAUUUGACACAGGCUCUGUGUGGCGUGGUACAUUGUUUUAAACAUUUAGACGGUAGAAAUAUUUGCAUUUCCACUCAGCCGGGUAAAGUGGUGCGACACGGUGAACUACAAGUGAUACCGGGCGAAGGUAUGCCCCUGAGAAAUAAUCCCUUUGAUCGUGGCGAUCUUUUGGUGCCAUUUGUUGUGGAGUUUCCCGAAAAUGGCUUUGCUAGUCCAGAACAACUGCAGCUACUUGAGACUUUGUUGCCACCCAGAGAACCAUUUACUCUGCCACCAGAUGCCGAGGAGGUACAAUUGAGUGAGUUUCAACCACGUGAUGAAAACGAUCGUCGUGGUGCUCAGGGUGGCAUGGAAGAGGACGAUGAAUAUGAAGGUGGUCCACAUUUUGAAAGGGUUCAGUGUCAAACCGGCUAAAAAUUAUCACAAUAUCAACUUUAUUUGGACAUAAAUAUACUAUAUUUUUUGUUUUCCUUUUUUUAUUUUUUUAUAAAGACAUUUAAAAAAAUCAUUAAAACGCUUCUAGAGCUUAAAGCUUUACAUAAUUAUGUUUAACUGGCUUUAUUUGUAUUUCUUUUUUUAAUUUAUCCCUAUUCAGUUCGUUUUAUUAUUAAACAAAUAUUAAACAAAAUUUUACGAUAUCUAACAACAAUGUAGUCUAGUAUUUAUCUAACUGGAUAUUUACUUAUCUUAACAUAAAACUUUGUUGUUUGUUCGUUCUUAAUUACUUUUCGUUUUAUAUAAUAAUACAUAAUAAAACUUAAAAACAUUAUUAAUUUAUUUUUCUUAGUUUUUAGUUUAGCCACUUAAAAAUCUCUACUUAUACUAAGAUAACUGAAACAAAAACAAAAACAUUUAUUUAAAAUAUAAAUCUACAAAAUUAAUAAUAGAAACAACAAAAUAACUAAAAAUUUAUAUUAUUGAAAAAUAAAACAAAAAAUAACAAUAAAAAACGAAUUAAAAGAAAAAA